GCUUGGGCGCUUUUCCCGUGGCGCUCAGCGGCGCGGGCGAUUUGGAAGAAUGGCGGGCAGUUGGUCGCCGGGUUGCAAAGGUUGCUCUUCUACUAGCUGUACGUGUGGCGGCGACAAGGGCAAGUGGGGCGACUCCUCUCUGUUAGGCAGGCGGCUCUCGGAGGACUCGGACCGUCACCAGCUGCUGCAGAAGUGGGCAAGCAUUUGGACCUCCUUGAGCGGGGACCCGUCGGUGGCCUGUGCAGAGAGGACGCGGCGCGAGGAGGCUGUGGAGCCGGCCGAGGAGGAGGACAGGCCGCUGGUGUUUCUGUGCUCCGGCUGCCGGCGACCGCUGGGCGACUCCUUGAGCUGGGUGACGAGCCAGGAGGACACCAACUGCAUCUUGCUACGCUGUGUUUCCUGUAAUGUUUCUGUGGAUAAGGAACAGAUACUGUCCAAACGUAAAAAUGAAAAUGGUUGUGGGAUCUUUGUUAGAACAAGUUGUACCCUGUUUGCUGAAGCACCGGCCUUUCGCUGUUGCAGUGUUCUGGAGACGUUGUACUGCUCUGGGUGCUCGCUCCACCUCGGUCACAUCUACAGAUGCACACCCAAGAGCCUCGAUUACAAAAGAGACUUGUUUUGCCUCAGGGUUGAAGCCAUUGAAAGGCCAGUUUUUCUCUUCCUGCGUAUUGUCUGCACCACAGCAUCCCCUAACCUCAGAGAGCCGGGCACAAUAACUUGGACGAUUACUGUUGAAGUUGCCACAUUGGGUUAUAUUUUAGGGUCCUCGGAAAAGCAAAUCGUGUCAGAAGAGAAAGAACUUUUUAAUCUUGAAAGCAGAGUUGAAAUAGAAAAGUCUCUAAAGCAGAUGGAAGAUGUUUUGAAAGCAUUACAAGCGAAGCUGUGGGAGGUUGAAUCAAAGUUGUCCUUUACCAGCUGCAAAAGCUGAAAUGUCUUCCACGUGCCCCAUUCUGGACUCCCUGCAGGUAGAUGCUUUCUUUUGUAGCAAUUCUAGUCAUUCGAUUUCGCUCGGAAUGGAAAGAAUUCUAAAUGGCCGUAUGAAUACAGCGCACCCUCUUGUAUUGAUCAGAUGAGAAGGAUUGUAGCAUUACUUUUAGGAUACAUUCUUUCCCAAAGUCAAGCCGUUUAAUGAUACUUGCUGAAAUUGGAAUUUUGGAGUUUUUAUUUUGAUAAACUGCUAUGAUUUUCUGUACUGUUUUCUCCUUUGUAUCAAAUUCAUCAUUGUUCAUUUCCUUUCUUAAGAAAAACAUAUUCACCUUGAAUACUUUGGGAAAUAUUUGAUAUUGAAGGACAAGAAAAUCUUGGAGGUUUUUCCACCCACUGUGUGAGUGAAUCUGUGAAGACUAAUGCAUAAAGCUCUGAAGAAACUGGUCAGUUGAGUUAUUUCUCAGAACUGUUUGGAAACUUGCACAAGAGCAGACGAGCAUGUUCCAGUGGUAGCAGAGUUCCACUUGAUCUGUUUGUUUACUACCAUACGCCCCAAAAAAUCUGGAAUAAUAUUCACCAAAGAGAUUAGUAGUCAUCUCUGAGGGUGGGAUUCUAGGGGAUUCUCAGUUUUCUAUAAUGUGGGACUUAGAGUAAACAUGGGCUAUUUUUAAAAUCAGAGAGAGAAUAAAGAUUAAAACAAAGCAUUUUAAAGUUGAUUUUUACGAAACUGAGUUGUGGUAUUUAACUGAACUCGGAAGUCCUGACGCCAUGAGUUGUACAUGUUUACCGGACCGGUUGCACUGGGGAAGGCUGCUCAGGAAUAUAAGGGUAACCCCAGAUUUCUCCAGGCCCCUUUCUGUUUUUGGGUUCAGAUGAGGCCGCAUGACACUAGUACUCAGAACAUAGGAGUAAUUCAACUCGGUUUCUGCUCAGAAGUUCCCUAAUUCUUUCCCAGAAAACUCAAAGUACCCUAACCAAAGGUCCUAAGUCAGAUCAACUGAGUCAUUUAAAGCUAUUGAGUAAUUUUUGACCAGUUGGCAAUAGCCUCUAAUAACUAGAAAUCCGUGAACCCUCUAGGGUAGAAUGCGGGGGAGAGAAAGCACACACCCGUACCCGCUGGCGACGAGAGAGUCCUCUUGCCUCCAUGAGCUUGAUGCAGUCCCGAGUGUCUGUUGCCUUAGGUGCUUCAGGGGCACAUUCAGAAGAGAGGGGAGAGGAUGUCAGCAGCAGGAUUCAGCUGACUUUCUGGUUGCGCAGGUAACAGUACGCCAACAGUCACUUUGGGGGCUAUUCCAAAGACAGGUGGUUUGGCUCCCUAAUUCCAUGAUAUCCUGCUCAUACCGGGACAUGCCAAUCCAUGCGCCUUGAAAAGUGCUCAUUUCACCAAGGAAAACUCAUUUCUAGUCGCCACAGUGCUGACACCUCCCUGUUGUGGGUCAGGAGAGAAGCAUGGCUCCCGUGCCCUAGGCUGCCUCUAGGGCGGGCCUUUGGUCAGCCGUCCCCGGAGCUGUAUGUCCAGGGAGGGUCCUUCACAUGAAGUUAGCUCACCGGUCCUGGGUGCGGAUGGAAAGCUCACACACAUUUUGUCACGUGGUCUUCACUGAAGCAUCUGACCGGAAAUGCCAGGAAACCAUCGUGUUCUUCAUCUUUGGCCUCUGCCUGUGAUGUCACUGAAGGGGUGUCCUUGCCACUGCCGUGGGACAGCGAUGCCGAGGUUCCCAAGCUGCUCACCCCGAGGGGUCCAAGUGGGACUGCUUGGUGUCCCCUGCAUGCUGCACUGUGACACUUGCAGAAGGAGGGGGUCUGCCCGACUCCGGGACAGCCUCUCCUUGGGCCACGUGUCUCCCGAAAGCCUGGUAAACCUGGCUUUUCCGGCUUUGCGUGAAGUCUCGUCAGAAUGCUGCUUUGUAAGCUUCACCCUGUCUUUCCACCCUAAAACCUACAAGAUUUGAGGCAAUGGGGUCUUGUUUCUAUUCCUUGCAACUGAAAAACACAGCGUGCCAUUGUUUCUGGUUGCCAAGCUCUGGUAAGUGGCUGCUUGUGAGCAGGAACGAGGGCGCCGAAGCAAGAAAUGGUCGUUCCCCCCAAAUUGCAUAAGACCCGGCAAGGCGCCUUCAGGCAGAUCUGCCCUGAAAUUGUUCUUCCAGCCAUCCCCAUAAAGGGUGCGCCCCAGUGCUUCAGGGAGAAGAUACAGAAACCGGCACCAGAACCCAUUAUGUGGCCUUGACAGACUCCUAACUAUGUCUGUGUAGAACGAGUUUCAUCCCAGAAUGUGGGUUCUGUCCUCAGCAAAUUCUCCCAUCGUGUUUAUAAAUUUCCGAGCUCAAGAGCCCCCUGAGGUCAUUGUUCUGUGCAGCAUCGAUGCCUGGAUGGAUGAUUCUAGUCAAGCUCUGGACAUUUAAAUUGGGCAAAAUCGGGAGAAUUCAUCCUUGAAGAAUGGGGUCUAGGCAUUUAGCGGGAACUUCUUGAACGAAGAAGCCGUGAGUGAUGGUUCCCUCAGCUUAUUUUUGAGAAAAGAUCUCAUGGGUAGCAGAAAUUCCAGGUCAGGGUUAACUGAGUUUAACUGCUUUAUGAGCCGUGUGACCCUGAGCAAAUUAUUUAAUCAUUUUGAGCCUCUGUUUUCUCAUCUGUAAAAUGAGGACAUAAUAGCCUUUCCUUGAAUCACAGAUCAUCAAAUUAGAUAAUGCUUAAGAGCGAGUACUCUGAAAACAGUAAAGCAUCACAAAAAUAAACAACGAUUUAACCUUGUUUAAAAUGGGUUGAUCUGAUUCACUCUUCUAGCUGGUAUACCCAUGGGAGUCUAUGGAUGGAAAGGGAAACCUCUGAAACACUGUAAUACAGAUACAAAUAUUACCGUUUAUUGAAUUUCUUUCUCCAGUUACAAACAUAUGAACAUUGUAGAAGAUUCAAAAAAUAGAAGCAUGACACAAAGAAAAUAAAACCUACACGUCCUCUCACAACUAAAAGACAAUUAUUAUUCACUUUUUGGGGUAUAUCUUUGUAGUCAUUUUUGUAUGCUAAUUUGGAAUCCUACUGAACAUACUGUUUUCACAUAAACUACUUCAUUGCUAUGUUUCUGCAAUUAUUAAAUAUCUUCUAUAACCUGA